GCGUCGUUCCCCUCCUCUCUGUGCUAUUUUUACUAAUCUUUAUAAAAUUUUUUUUUUUGCGGAAAAUGGUGAAAUCUUAUCCUACGGUGAGCGAGGAGUACCAAAAAGCCGUCGAGAGAUGCAAGAGGAAGCUCCGCGGUUUCAUCGCCGAGAAGAACUGCGCCCCCUUGAUGCUCCGAUUAGCGUGGCACUCGGCUGGGACUUACGACGUGAAGACGAAGACUGGGGGCCCUUUCGGGACGAUGAAGCACGCUGCUGAGCUGGCGCACGGAGCGAACAGCGGGCUGGACAUCGCUGUUCGUCUCCUGGAGCCGAUCAAGGAGCAGUUCCCGAUCCUGUCCUACGGUGACUUUUACCAGUUGGCUGGAGUUGUGGCUGUUGAGGUUACCGGAGGACCCGAGAUCCCCUUCCAUCCUGGUCGGGAGGACAAGCCAGAACCACCGGAAGAAGGCCGCCUUCCUGAUGCCACUAAAGGUUCUGACCAUCUCAGAGAUGUAUUUGGCCAUAUGGGUCUCAGUGACCAGGACAUCGUUGCUCUUUCUGGGGGUCACACUCUGGGGAGGUGCCACAAGGAGCGAUCAGGAUUUGAGGGAGCAUGGACUUCAAACCCUCUUAUCUUCGACAAUUCAUACUUCAAGGAACUUCUGAGUGGAGAGGAGGGUCUUCUUCAGCUUCCAUCCGAUAAGGCUCUCUUGAGUGAUCCAGUCUUCCGGCCUCUUGUCGAGAAAUACGCUGCUGAUGAAGAUGCUUUCUUUAGUGACUAUGCUGAAGCCCACCUAAAGCUUUCCGAGCUUGGAUUUGCUGAGGCUUGAAAGGUUAUCUAUGGAUGAUUGUGAGAAAUAUAUGAUGUCAAGUUAAAAUAAGAGCAUCCUGGCUAUAUAGGUUGUAGGCCAACUUCUUAGUUUAUUUUGUGAUUUUGGUGGUGGUCCUAUUUUCUGAAACUUUAUGGGCAUCAGUUUGUUUUGAGUACGAGUGUACUUUCUUUUGUUUGGUACUGUUAUCCACCUAAACGGAUAUUGUGGCUUUGGCAUUUAUAUGCAUACUGGUUCUUGUCUUCU